UUCAUCUCCAAGUCAUAUUAUCAAAAUUUCUUGAGCCUUAUCCACCACCAUUUCCUCCACUCCCUUAAACCAAAGACAAACACUAGCAUUACCAUCCCUCACAAUCAGCCAUGUAAUGUAACCUGACACGAUGCAAGACACACUCCUCCAUUUCCUCUCCAACAACACCAGCAACAAAUCCUCCCCAUUUCCUUAUCCCAAAUCACACAAUUUUCCCUCAUCGUCCUUCCAUGAUUAUUUCUCCCCGCUUUCUUGCCCAAGAAACCUCCAUUUUCCCUCUCUUUCCUUCAAAACAAACACCAUUUCCCUUCCUCUUAAGCCCCUCAAAACACCGGAAAUCCCCUCCAUAUCGUCACACCAUUCCCAUCCACCGCCACCCAAUUCUGAAUUUCAAGAAAAAAUGCUCUACCUUGACUCAAUAGGCCUAGACAUAUUCUCCCUCAUAAAUAACCACCGUCCGAUCAUCCUCUCAGCCUCCUUACCAAACAUCAAAUCCAUCAUUGAUUUACUGACCUCCAAGAACUUCACUCCACGAGAGUUCCGCCGAAUCAUCUCCAUGUGCCCGGAAAUCCUCAACUCCACUCCUUCCACUAUCACCCUAAUCAUCACCUUCCUCCUCCGCGAAGCCCGCGUCAGCGGCUCCGAUUUAAAACAUGUCAUAAACCGACGGCCCAGAUUGCUCGUAUCCAGCGUCAAGCAUUGCUUGCGCCCCGCUCUCUAUUUCCUAAAAAACAUUGGCCUUGAAGAGGUAAAAAGACACACGUAUCUACUGUCUUGUAGUGUUGAAACGAAACUUUUACCGAGAAUCCAAUACUUUGAGAAAAUUGGGUUCUCUCAUGAAGAUGCUGUUUCCAUCUUUAGGAGAUUUCCACAGCUGUUUAAUUUCAGCAUUAAGAAUAAUAUUGAGCCCAAGUUGAAUUAUUUUGUUGUGGAGAUGGGAAGGGAUCUGAAGGAAUUAAAAGAAUUUCCACAGUAUUUUUCUUUUAGUUUAGAGAAUAGAAUUAAGCCUCGACAUCAAUGCUGUGUUGAGAAAGGUUUGUAUUUUCCUCUACAUACAUUGUUAAAGACAAGCGAGGCGCAAUUUAGUAAAUUUAUAUUUGUAUGGUGGAUGUAUCCUUGGAUUGCUGUGUGGCUAGAUGGUGUCACUGCCGGGCCAGGGUGGAUCGAGCUGUAUUCAGUUUCCAAUUUAGUCGCCAUACAUCUUGGCAUUUCGAAAUCGAAUUCUACCCGUCUUUUGCACGAGUCCUAGGCAACUGGCUGCGCAGGAUAACUUGAUUUGCCAUUUGUUCCGUUGAUAUGUUCCACUGAUUAUUCCUCCCAGGUAUGGGUUUUUUGUGAGAUAGAAUCAGCCUGUUCCAGAACAAACCCUGAAGACACUUGGAUCAGUGUCGCCGGUCCUUUUUCCCCAUGGCAUCACAACCCCUUCAUGGCUUAACUCAAAUCAAUGCACGGCUGAGCUAACCAACGAUGAGCCUGCUAAUCGUCAGUGAAUUCUCUCUUUCCUCCCCGUAAUCCUCGUUCAACUGUGCCCCCCCAUCAAACCAAAAGCAAAAAGAAAUCGGUUCUAGCUGAUUGAAACUGAAUUGCCUGUGUUUUAUUACGGGUAGUUGCUUGUUUAAGAAGAGGUUUCGUAGGUUGAUGGGACUUUCGAUUUGGCAUAACUCCAAGCAAUUGCCGCUUUAGAACUCCCAUUCAAUAGACGACGAAGCAGAACAAUGUCACUGCAUUCUUGAAGGCAAAUGCUUUUGUUUCUGAAACA